AUGAGGGCGAGGGUGGCGCUGGAGCCGCUGGCGGAGGAGCCGGGCGCCGAGGACGAGUCGGGGGCGCGGCGGCGGUCGGGGCUGCAGGCCACGCUGCACCGCUGGGCGCGCAUCCUGUCCGGCGGCGCCGCCGGGGACGACGCCCGCCCCGCCGCCGACCUCCGCGUGCUCCUCUCCGUCCUCGCCUGCCCCCUCUCCCCCGUGCCCAUCCUCCCGCGCCUCCCCCGACACGUGGCGUCGUCGGCGCAGUACAUAAUCGAGCAGUUCAGGGCGACGACGGGGUGCGGGAAGCUGGAGGGGACGGCCAAGAGCAUGUACGCGGCGGGCAAGGUGCGGCUGGCGAUGCUGCAGGAGCCCGCCGGGGCGGGCGGCGGCCACGCCAACGGCAGCGCCGGGCGGUGCCACGAGGGGAGCUUCGUGGUCUGGCAGCUCGCGCCCGGCAUGUGGCUCGUCGAGAUGGCCGUGGCCGGCCACAGCGUCGCCGCCGGCAGCGACGGCCGCGUCGCCUGGCGCCGCACGCCCUGGCUCGGCGCGCACGCGGCCCGCGGCGGCUCCCGCCCCCUCCGCCGCGCCCUCCAGGGCCUGGACCCGGUGAUGAUCGCGUCCAUCUUCUCGACGGCGGAGCACGCCGGCGAGAAGCAGGUCGACGGGGAGGACUGCUUCGUGCUGCGCCUCGACGUGGGGCCGUCCACGCUGUCGAGCUGGAGCGACGGCACGGCGGAGGUGAUCCGGCACGGCCUCACGGGGUUCUUCAGCCAGCGGAGCGGCCUCCUGGCGCGCCUGGAGGACUCGCAGCUCACCCGCAUCCAGUCCCCCGGCGCCGCCGCCAUGUACUGGGAGACCACCAUCGGGUCCACGCUCGCCGACUACCGCGCCGUCGACGGCGGUGUCACCGUGGCGCACGCGGGGCGGUCCACGGCGCACCUCGCCCGGUUCGGCGUCGGCGUGCGCGCCGCGCGGGUGGUGACGCGGAUGGAGGAGUCGUGGACCAUCGACGACGUGGCGUUCGACGUGCCGGGGCUCGGCCCCGACGCCUUCAUCCCGCCGGAGGAGGUCCGGCGGAGCCGCUUCUACGACGCCAUGGCCGCCGCCGGCGGCAAGUAA